AAGGCAAACUACAGUAUGGUUUGUGAGCUACUGGAACCAGUCAUUAGUGUAAAAGCCAAAGAGGAUAUUGCAACAGCAAUGAUCCAUAUUAUGCAGAGAGAAGGAAUAGCAAGAAACUUCUUGGCAGACCUUGUCAUGAUGGAGAUUGACAGAAUAGACGAUUCUCAUCUCUUGUUUCGUGGUAAUUCAUUGGCAACAAAAGCUAUGGAGGCUUUCAUGAAGCUUGUGGGCAGCAAGUACCUCCUCGACACAUUACGGCAGGUCAUCAACAAAGUUGUAGAAGCUGGACUUGAUUGCGAGGUUGAUCCCAUGAAGGUGCCACAGAUAUCAUCAUUACAGAAGCAACAAGAAAAUCUCUUGUCUAUUGUACGCAUGACAUGGUCCCGAAUCCUUAAUUCCCAUCCAUAUUUUUCCUUGGAGCUUAGGGAAUGUUUCUGUAUGUAUCGAGAACGUUUAGCCACCAUUGGAAAGCAAAAUCUAAGCGAUAACCUGAUCUCGGCAUCUAUUUUCCUAAGAUUUCUGUGUCCUGCUAUCCUGUCUCCUUCAUUAUUUAAUAUAACACAAGAAUACCCAGAUGAAAGGACCUCCAGAAAUCUCACUCAAAUCGCCAAAACUCUUCAGACACUUGCUAACUUUACAAAAUUUCAAGGCAAAGAAAACUUCAUGGAGUUUAUGAAUGAAUUUAUUGAACUAGAACAAUCUCAGAUGAAAUCAUUUUUGAAGCAGAUCUCGAGUCCAGCAAAUCACGACCACAGAGCACUGGAAUAUGACAAAGACAUUGACGUUGGGAGAGAGAUGUCCUUGUUACAUACUUUCCUUACCGAAGCCUUGAGAAAGUUAUCAUCAUCUACCUCCAAAACCAAUAUCAGUGUGUCUCAGCAGCGUUUCCUAGACAAGUUACGUCAAAUCCUUGAUGAGAUUAGUGUUGCUCAAACUCAACCAAAUAUUAAUAUUGUGCAACAACUCUCUUCUCAUAAUCCACCUGAAAUUCCAAUUUCAGACCCAACAUCUCCUGAGAAUGGAAGAAUGGAAGAUAGACUUGGCUACCAGUCUCUCCAGAGAAAUAUUUUCAGAUACAAUGACCCUACUGUCAGUGAAGAAUAUAGGCCUGUAGCUCCACCACCCGUAAAUCAUCUCCAGCUUCCUCCAGACACUCCAUCCACUCCACGCCCCUCCACUCUGCCAAGAAACACAUAUCUGAUGGGCUCGGCUCGCAAGCCAGCCAUUGACCUAAAUACAGCAGAUGACUAUGUUUUGUUUUCUGCCUUAGAACCUGACAGAAAGCACAGAGAACCCAGUGCUAUAGGUCACAGUUACAGUCAUCUUGCCCCUGGCCCAGCUCAGAAUACAUCUCCAGUUCAUAACCACAGUCAUUUACAUCAUCACCACUUCCACAAUCAUGCUGCAUGGUUCACCAACAACAGACAAAUGUUCAGUGACCACCCACAAAUGAAUGGCCAUGGACAAGUUCAUCAAAAUGGUCACAUGGUGUCAAAUGGAAAUCCUGAAGAGCCAUUAGACAUCAGCCGUGAAGAAAAUGAUAGAAAUUCUACUGGUGAAACUGAAACAAAUAUGAAGGGUUCACAAACCUCAAUUUCUCAGCUGUCUAAUGUAGCAUCCUCAGGAUACCAAAGUUUUGCAUAUAGUCAGUCCUCUAGCCCAGUGGAUCCAUCAAUAACUCACCAUGAUGCUGCAAAUAAUAAUAAUACUAAUGUAGCAGGGAACAGUAGUAGUACUAGUAGUAACAACAGUGGUGGAAUGCACUUAUCACCUCAUAUGACUCCACAGUUGACAGCUCCUUUGGCUUUUAACAACCCUAUGUAUCACCUCAAUGCUGCGACUAGCUCUCCACGACCUGUCCCACAUCGCGGAGUUCGUCUGUCUCACCAUCACCACCAUCAUUUACACCAAAGUGCACAGCAGCAGCAAAGCCCAGUGAGCUCUUCUCUCAGUUCUACACACAGUGUUGAGGAUUUGCAGUCUGCCCCAAUGAUGGCUCCUAGUUUGUCCUCGGCACGUGCUCCCCAGCGUACCCAUUCAUCAUCGAGUGAAGAUAGCACAUCACUGGCAUGCACACCACCGCUAGAGCACAGGACAUUCAAAUCGGGUGCUCCUCGAACCAACCCUCGAUGCUUACCUCCUGGAUGGGGUCAGCCGACUGUGGUACCUGGUGUAGCUCCUGAUCACCACCAUUCUACAUCAGAUCUGCUAGGAGGGGCACAGUGUCGAAGAUCAAAAGUGAAUCGUCGCCAGUCUGCAGAAGUUGGCAGUGGGAGGCGACAACGGUAUCAGUAUGACAGUGACUCGUCCAGUGAUGAACAACCACCCCCACCUGCUCGAGUUCGUCCCACUCACACAAACCAUAGGGUAUCUGAGACCAAAACUCUUGAUGAGUAUGAGCAAGAAAUCCUUGCACUUCGCACUGCCAUGGAGGAAAUGCAUCAUAAGUUGGUUGCUGCUGAUGAGCACAUACAGGUUCGUUCUGGUGGCCCUAAAGCCUCUUCUGAGAUUGUUACAUCUGCCCUACCCCACGAUUCCCAUGCUCUUCACCAUUCUGGUAACCCGAGCAGUAGUCCAGUUCAGACAUCAGCCCACCUUCAACAUAAUAGACACAAUCACCAAUACCCACAACCUCAGCAGGUGAUUGAUUCGGAGGGUCAGGGAACUCAGAUGAGAGAGCUGCUUCAAAAGUAACAAGAGCAGCGA